AUGGUGAGCUUUGACGUUGAGUCGCUCUUCACCAAUGUUCCCGUUAAAGAAUGUCUAGAAGUAGUCAGAAGGAAACUGAGCGAUGAGGGUAUAUCGGAGUCAGUAAUGGUGUUGCUGAGGAACUGCUUGGAAGGAAGCUACUUUUUGUAUUGUGGAAAGCAUUACCUCCAGAUUGAUGGGGUAGCCAUGGGUAGCCCUGUAGCACCGGUUUUGGCAAAUAUCUGGAUGGAGCAUAUCGAAGCCAGUAUAAACUUGCAGCCUUGGGCGGUGAAGUUGUGGAAGCGCUAUGUGGAUGAUGUUUUCUGUAUUAUGAAGGGUGGGAAGCAGGAGGUGGAGCAACUACUCCGAUAUCUAAAUUCAAUUCAUCCGAAGACGAAGUUCACGUAUGAAUUGGAAUCACAGCGCAGUUUGCCGUUUUUGGACGUGAAAGUGAUUGGUCGAGUGGACGGAACCCUAACUCAUACUGUUUAUAGGAAACCUACACACACUGACAGGUAUUUGAACGCCCUUUCUCACCACCAUCCUCGUCACUUACAAUCGGUGGUUACCUCGCUAGUAAACAGAGCACAUGAUCUGUGUGACCCUGAAUAUUUAGAGAGCGAGAUGUCGCAUAUUCAGGAGGUACUAAGGAGGAACGGGUACAAGAGGGUUCCGUAUGAGACUGUGAUCUGUGGUGUUGAGGAGGCUAUAACGCGUAACAAGGUGCCGUCGUGCGACGCGGAAGAGUUAAGACAGGAUGUUGCCGUUAUUCUAAGGAAAGCCAAACUUCCAAAGAGUAAUACCACUGCGGAGGAGCGAUCAGCCCUUAGGGAUCUAAAGGAAAAUGAGGACAUCCUGGUUCUUAAGGCUGACAAGGGAAACGCCACUGUAGUGAUGAACUCAACGGAUUAUGACAGCAAAAUACGGCACUUACUGGAUGACAGUCUCGUAUACAAGCCUGUUUCGUACAACCCUACAGCUAGGGUCUCUCGUCGCAUUAGGGCUGUCAUCAAAGACAACAGGGAGUUGUUCGAAGAAGACGUGUUCGAUCGGUUGUACAAACCCAAGAUCGUACUGCCACCUAAACUGUACGGAUUGCCAAAAGUACAUAAAAGGAAUGUGCCUUUGCGGCCUAUCGUGAGUCAAAUCUCUUCUCCCACUUACGAUCUUGCAAAGCAUGUUGCGUCGGUGUUGCAGCCGCUUGUGGGUAGUACGUCGUCUUUUGUGAAGGACUCUCGUCACUUUAUAGAUAUUCUCAAGGGAAUAACGCUGGAACCAGAUGAGGUAAUGGUGAGCUUUGACGUUGAGUCGCUCUUCACCAAUGUUCCCGUUAAAGAAUGUCUAGAAGUAGUCAGAAGGAAACUGAGCGAUGAGGGUAUAUCGGAGUCAGUAAUGGUGUUGCUGAGGAACUGCUUGGAAGGAAGCUACUUUUUGUAUUGUGGAAAGCAUUACCUCCAGAUUGAUGGGGUAGCCAUGGGUAGCCCUGUAGCACCGGUUUUGGCAAAUAUCUGGAUGGAGCAUAUCGAAGCCAGUAUAAACUUGCAGCCUUGGGCGGUGAAGUUGUGGAAGCGCUAUGUGGAUGAUGUUUUCUGUAUUAUGAAGGGUGGGAAGCAGGAGGUGGAGCAACUACUCCGAUAUCUAAAUUCAAUUCAUCCGAAGACGAAGUUCACGUAUGAAUUGGAAUCACAGCGCAGUUUGCCGUUUUUGGACGUGAACGUGAUUGGUCGAGUGGACGGAACCCUAACUCAUACUGUUUAUAGGAAACCUACACACACUGACAGGUAUUUGAACGCCCUUUCUCACCACCAUCCUCGUCACUUACAAUCGGUGGUUACCUCGCUAGUAAACAGAGCACAUGAUCUGUGUGACCCUGAAUAUUUAGAGAGCGAGAUGUCGCAUAUUCAGGAGGUACUAAGGAGGAACGGGUACAAGAGAAGUGAUGGUGUGAGCACGGAGUUGAGGAAUGCAGCUGCGGGAGGCACGGGCAAGAAGGGACACUUAACAGAGGGACACGGAACACGCUAG